AACUCAAAACGCGUAGUGCGAGCUCUGAAUCGGCGAGUAAAAGUCCUAGACUCGUUUUCCUUUUGCGUCGCUGCGAAGAAGAAAAACAGCAGUUGACCGAGCGAUUGGCUGCCGCACAGCAUUGCCUCACACGGGUGCAGCCGGUUUUAGAGUUUUACCGCAAUCGGGUGGAAAACUGUCGGGAGUUUACUGAGGCAGCCGCAGCUGCGAGAACCAGAGACAGUGGGGGCAAUAGGCUUCCUGCGAUUGACUGGAAGACGUGCGGUUUCACAGCACAAGAGACGCGUGAAUUUGAAGCUAUUCUGCAAGCAACAAGAGAUCGCGGCAUUGAGGAGGAAGAUCUGCUGUCUAGUAGUGAAGGCGAAGAGCAGGAACAACAAAACUGGUCAUGUGGACCGGCAGGUGGAGGUGUGAGCCCUUCUGGGCAGAUGAAGGAGCCCGUCAAUCCAAUCAACCUCGAGGACCAAAACAACUCUAGAAAGAGUUUCCUCCAAGCCUCUUCCUCAUCAUCAUCCGAAGAUCUUAGACAAGAACCUGUGGUCGCUGCCGUGUCAACAUCUGCGUCUAGCAAUCAGGGAGCAAGUAACAGUCUAGCCCGUGAGCUUUUCUCAAUACCUGAAGGCAACGAAUUAGACUGGAAUGACGAUGAAGAUCCGAGUCCACCGUCAUUGGGUCGUCUAGCUAGGAACAAGCCAGCAGCAGGAGCAGGAGCAGGACCCAAACAAGGAGCAGCGCAAGCUCAGUGCUUGGGCAGCGGAGGCAAGUCAGCAAGCAGUGGGGCUGAAGAUUCGUCGUCAAAGAACGAAGCUCAAGCAGAUGGCAAGGAUGAGACGAAGAACCAAUCAGACGAUGAAUAUACCUCGGACAGCGAUGUUCCUUUGCGUGAUGACUCUACCUCAGAUAGCGAAAUGGAUAUGACGAUGUUUCAUAAACCGAAGAAAAACGUGGUCAACGCCUACGAUCUGAGCUCGGGACCUACUGGCAAUGCCGCGCCAGCCUUUCCGCCAACUAGGGCAGCGGCUGCUGGAAUUAUUGGGACUGGUGGGGCUAGUGCCAGUAGCAGUAGCAGUAAACCUCCUCCGCAAGAAGGCCAAGGACAAGGAGAAGGACAAAGACAGCAAGGAGUAGCGGGGAAAGAGGCAACGACUUCAUCUUCUUCGGUUCCACCAGUAGCUAGUCCAACUGAAGGAGGCGCGUUUUCGUCUAAUAGUGCUGCCCCACCGGAUAGUAGUAGUUCUAGUGCCAGUGAAGGUGCAGUAAACGGAAAGCGGCCAUCCCCUUCCCAUGAAGGAGCGGCUGCACCACCUGAGGACGCUACUGCCGGCGCUCAGAACGGCGUCAAAGUCAGGAAGUUCGACGCAUCAGAAAACGACGUGAGGAAAGACGACGACCGAUCUGCCUCUGCGCCAGCAACAGCACAACCGCCACAAGGACAUCAAGACAAAAAAUCUCCGGAACGGCCAUCUUUGAAGCGACAACGUGUCAACAGCACCGAAGCAGAGAAAGGAGCACUAGUUCGAAAAAUAGAUCAAGAUGCUGAUAAAAGCAACACUUCUUCCUCUGAUUCCGACGAAGAAGAAGAAGAGUCUGAAGAAGAUACCUCAGAUAGUGAAAUCUUACAGACGAGAGCUCUUGAGCGUGCUAGUCGUAAAGCACUUAAAUCUGCAGUAAAAAAGCAGACAACGUCACGAAAAGUAGAUGAACACCUGCAGGGUACUCCUGCAGCAACUUCUUCUAGUGCAACGUCGUCUAUCAAACGGCAGCUCACGAAUGGGACCACAAGUGGGCCAAAAUCAGAAGUUGUUCCGAGUGGAACAUAUUCUAAACCGACGACGGCCGUUGCAUCACCCUCACUUGAUGACACGACUGCAGAACAACAAAAAUCUGGCGCAACGACUACAACGAAAAUGGUCUCCCAACUGAGGCGUAUGCAGUUUCGCGCAAAUGCACCUGGAGUCCACAAGAAGCUCCUUGAUUGGCACAAGUGCUUGAUGGAAAUAGUAGGAGGAGAGCAAGACCACGACAACGAGCAGCCGCGGUUUGAGAUCCAAGAGCGUUUGUCGCUGUUGUACGACCUCUUCGACAACAAGUUCGCACUAGACAAGCGUCCACAAUCACGAGCCUCGAAGAGGGAGCAGCUGACUGCGAAGGAGCGUGAGGUUUUUGACCACUGGACGAAAGAGGAGGCCGAAUUUUCUGCGCUGUUGGAUGGGCACGAGGAUGCUUCUAGACAGCGACAGGUCUUACGCGACUUUUCUCCACGCAAGAGGGCCCACUUUUACCGGUACCUGGCUAGGGAAGCGGCCACUUCAUGCGCGAAAGAAGCAACUGAUGUACGAGCUGGAUCAACAUCAUCCCCCGCUCUCGGAGGUGCGUUAUCUUCUGCGUCGUCCUCUAGCAAUGCCGCAAAGAAUGUUGCACCUCCACCUGCAAAUAAAAGUCAACAACAGCAGCAUCAGAAUCAAGUCCAAGCCGGCUCAUCUUCUUCUUCAAGUUCUUCGUCUUCGACCUCUCUUGCUGCAAGUCUGCUCGCCAACAUGCGAAAAAGAGAGAACGCAGAGCAGGUGAAAAAUGGAGACAUCAUACCUUCGCAAGCGCCUUCUCAUGACAGAAGUGUGCAGAACCUCAUUUUUUCCAGAGCGGCUAAAAGCGGCCCUGACGUCACUUCCACCUCUUCACUGUCUUCUAUCGGAGCACAAACGUGGCUCGCGUCCGAAAAGCAUAAGUCUCUGCUCGAAUCGGAUGAGGAGUACAAGCAAGGAGCGUCGGUACUGCAAUUUCUGCGGGACCCAGCACUUUCGGACGAAGAGCGCGGAAAAAGGAUAAAGCUCCUAUCCGAAAGCAACCGGAAGCACUUGCAGCACCUCUUUACACUCAGUGGACUGCCUAGCGAGUCGUUUCUUAGGGGUCUCAAGUUCAAGAAGAGUCGUGGUGGAGAGGAAAGCAGAACUGCGUCAAAUUCAAAGAACAAGAGCGCUGCAUCAUCAUCAGCAUCGUCUUCGAAAAGUAAAGUUGGUCUACUAGUAAAGGAUCUGGAUCAAGGUAAGGCACAAGAACCACAACGAAAACCAGCACUUGAGAGCAAGCAGUCUGAGUUGACAGCUACUGCGAAUGUAAAGAAAUCAUCUACUGAACCCCAAGCGACUGUCGGCAUAAAGAAUACGACUACCGCUUUGCCAGGUGGUAAAGAAAACGAGAAGAGCAACAGCACGGAGGACCACGUCGGCAUGAAGAAUGGGAACGGCGGUUGUAAGGUCGAAAAGAACUACCAAGACCAGCUGAGAACCAAGACCACUUCGAACAUCAAGCCUCUAGCAACUUCCAACUCUUCAGAGGACAAACCUCACAAACCUCAAUCAGCGGAUGAUGACGACGUUAUUAUUGUCGAUGACGAUUCUGAGGAUGACAUUGACAAAUGGCAGGAGACUGCCCGUUCUAGCGAUUUCUCGUCGGUUGGUCCCGGAGCUGACAAGGGAGCUCCGAAGCCUGCCAUAGGUGAACAUGAGCAGAAGGAAGCUGAACACGAGCAGACAGAAUCGGAAGACGACAUCGACGCAUUCUUUCGCGACAAAUAGGUCGCAAAUAGGUCACCAAAUAGGUCACAAUCUACCCAGAAAUACAAUGUCUUUCCCAAAAAACCCUGAAAAAAUUUCCCAUUUUCACUUCUUCAGGAGGAUUCAACCUCAAUCAACAACAACAUUGCUAUUUCUCUUUCAAUUUUUUUUUAUUCAAAAAGCGAUCAACAACCUCUGCCACCUCAAGGUGCGCGCAACAGACGACUUGGCUGCAAGCGAUAGCGGAUAGCGACAUCUAAAUGAUAAUCGAAUAGCGAAGAUGAUCGGGAUCCAGCUUCAAUAUCUCCGAAUUGUUCUUUAUCCACUUUUCAAAUGACAAUUUUCUAGCCCUAGGAAAC